CUCCGGUUAUGGACGUGUGUCUGAGCUCCAAGCAGCAGCCCGGGCGCCUGAGGGAAGGACUGGGCUCCCCGGAUGGCUGGUUCGAGGCAGAAGAGACUCCCCAGAAACACAGCACCCACGGACCCACAGGAGAUUUUAACAACAUAGAGCCUUCUCUUCAGAGCCUCCAGAAAUUUAUUCCUACAGAUUAUGCCAGCUACACUCAGGAGUAUUACCAGUUUGCAGGCAAGAAGAUUGUGGUCCAAGAGUCAAUAGAGAGUUACGGAGCAGUGGUGUGGCCCGGGGCUACGGCUUUGUGUCAGUACUUGGAGGAACACGCAGAGGAAUUGAAUCUUCAAGAUGCUAAAACACUUGAAAUUGGUGCUGGACCAGGCCUUGUUUCCAUCGUGGCCAGUAUCUUAGGAGCUCAGGUCACCGCAACGGAUUUGCCUGAUGUCCUAGGAAACCUUCAAUACAACCUUUUAAAGAACACACUAAAGCGCACAGCACAUCUGCCUGAAGUGAGAGAACUGGUGUGGGGAGAAGGCCUGGAACAAAACUUCCCCAAGUCCACCUUCUAUUACGAUUACGUCCUGGCCUCUGAUGUGGUCUACCACCAUUACUGUCUGGACAAGCUGCUUGGCACCAUGGUGUACCUUUGCCAUCCGGGGACUGUGUUGCUUUGGGCAAACAAGUUCCGAUUCAGCACUGAUUAUGAAUUUUUGGAUAAAUUCAAGCAAGUUUUUGAUACAAUGCUCUUGGCUGAAUUUCCAGAGUCAUCAGUUAAAAUUUUUAAAGGGGCACUAAAAUGGGACUAAAUGAAACCAAGUGCCUUUCAAAAAAAAUUAGUGCAUGUUUCAAGCAGUGUCAGAGAUUGCGUUGUCAAUAAAACUCUCAGAAGAUUGAGAAGGCAGAGUCUAAAAAAUAACUUGUAUGCCCCAAACAAACAGGACUCAAAGUUACAGCAGCUUUCUAAGAUA